AUGAGCGGACGUCCCGGAGGUGGCCGCGGGAAGGUCCUCCUACCACCCAUCAACUUUAUAUUCCGCCUUCUCCAACAACACUCGACUGUACAGAUAUGGCUAUACGAGCAGCUAGGCAUACGGAUAGAGGGCAAGAUUCGGGGAUUUGACGAGUUCAUGAACCUAGUCAUUGACGAUGCUACGGAGGUCAAGCUGGCUACCAAGACGGAGGAAGAGUCUCGGCGACAACUGGGACAAAUUCUCCUAAAGGGAGACAACGUGUCACUCAUCCAGAGCUUAUCGUGA